UACAAACGAAAACACACUUCGUUGGUUCCGUAAAAUCAAAAGACCAAAAGCAAAAAACACAGUGAAAAACCCACGCAUUCGAAGUCCACCGAAAAGGCCAAAAGGGAAACGUAUGGAAGAGUCACAGGAGAUACUUGUGAGCACGCUGGGGAAGUCGGGGGUUUCGAUCCCAGCGAGCGUUUCGUCGGUGCGAGACCUGAACCCGACCACCUUGGUCUCCAUCUGUGCCCAGUGUCUCAACCUUCUCGACCGCACGGCGUCGUUUCCCACCUCUCUUCCCGAUGGCUCCGUGGCUGACCAAUUCAAGAUCUGUACGGAAAUCGCGUCCCGGAUUGAGAGCCUGGGUUAUAUCGGAGACAUGAGCUUCCAUAAGUUCCUGUAUCCAUCUGAGGAGGACUUGUAUAAGUUGGUCAGAUUCCUGGUGGAGAGGCUUUCUGAGUUAUCUGAAGAUAGAAGAACUGCUGAUGUGAAGGAUGUCAAUGCUAGAAGGAGAAUAGAAGAAGAUGAUUUAAAAAGGUCUUCAGAGGAUUGGCCAAAGAAGGCUGAUAAUGAAGGGGUAGAUUUUAGUCGUGAGAAAGUUGGAGCCAGAUUGAAAGAUCUAAGACUGAAGACUGAAGUGCCAGAGUCGUUGAAUACCAAAGCUGAAGAUGUUGGCAAUCUCUAUGAGGCUGAUCUUGUUCCACAAAAAAUGGAUGAAACAGCUGUUGAUGAGAUAUUCUGCUCCAGGACAGGAGAUUUCAGCAAGGACGAACUUACUAGCGUAUUAAGUGGGAAGGAUUUGACUGAAGAAGUGGUGGAUGCUGGAAGAGAUACAUCGGGAAAUGUAGAAACUGCAGCUUGGAAAAAUGAUGUUCUAGUGUUUGAACAGAAAGGAUCUUCUUCUAGAGAGCAAGUUUCCAAGAUAAGAUAUGAGACUGAAGAAAUACAAAAUCAAGAAAAAGUGCUUACAGGGGAGGUAACGGCAAAAAACUCUGGAUUACAGCAACUUGAAGAAGAAUUGGAAUUGUUAAGGGCAGCAGCAGAGAUGUCAUUUGAUAACGAACAUCCUAUUGACUUCUACCUUGAGCAGCUCAAUGAGAAAGUAGCUGCUAAAGAGCAUAAUCUUGGGGAGUUGGGGUCAGAGUGGGAAACUGACAGAAAGUCUUUGGAAGAGAAAAAGAGAAGUCUUGAGGAGUCUCUAUAUGCAAACAGCCCAGAAGCUCAAGAAAAGCUCCAAAAGUUGAGAGAAGUUGAGUUGGAAAAGCAGUCUGUCCUAUCUGAAAUUAGAAAGAGGGAUGAGGAGCAUUCUAAACUUUUUGCAGAACUCGAGAGACAGCACAAAAUUGCAUCUAGGAGUUCCUAUAUACAUCGGAUAAAGGAAAUAACAAAAAACAGUCGGAAACAAGAUGCUGACAUAGAACGGAUCUUAAAAGAGACCAGGGAGCUUCAGUUAGAGAGUAAUUCUAUCCAAGAACGCCUACAUCGAACCUAUGCUGUCGCAGAUGAAAUAGUAUUCAGGGAAGCCAAGAAAGGCACGGUAGGGCGACAGGCUUAUAGACUUCUCACCAGCUUCCACGAGACAUUUGAACAGAUCUCUGAGAAAAUUCUGGCCACUGAUAGAGUACGAAGAGAAGUAGCUGACCAUGAAAAGAAGCUAGCAGCCAUGGCAUCCCGGAGCUUAAAUGUAGACAAACUACAAGCUGAUCUCGAUGCCAUAAGGAAGGAAAAUGAGCACCUAGAGCAACGCCUUCAGGAUCAUUAAUGCGUGACUUUUGUCUCUGAAACCAUUCUUUCAUUUCAGUAAACAUUAUUACUCUGAUGGGUCUCAUCCGCUCUUCUUCAUAUACUUGGCCAAAAAAAUAAUAAUAUACAUUUUUUUUUUUUUUUU